CGGCCAGCGUGCGUCACCCCAAAGUUUGCGGAGCGCGGGGCGGCGGGGCGCGCGCUCGGGCCACCCGCCGCUCUGGGCGGCAGCAGGUGGCGACGCGAGGGCGCGGCUGGGGCGGCCGGCACGGAGAGGGCCAGAUAACCUGAGGACAAUGGAUGCUGAUGAGGGUCAAGACAUGUCCCAAGUUUCAGGGAAGGAAAGCCCCCCUGUAAGUGAUACUCCAGAUGAGGGCGAUGAGCCCAUGCCGAUCCCCGAGGACCUCUCCACCACCUCGGGAGGACAGCAAAGCUCCAAGAGUGACAGAGUUGUGGUUACAUAUGGGGCUGAUGACUUUAGGGAUUUCCAUGCAAUAAUUCCCAAAUCUUUCUCUCCCAGUAAUGUUAAAGUAGAGACUCAGAGUGAUGAAGAGAAUGGGCGUGCCUGUGAAAUGAAUGGGGAAGAAUGUGCGGAGGAUUUACGAAUGCUUGAUGCCUCGGGAGAGAAAAUGAAUGGCUCCCACAGGGACCAAGGCAGCUCGGCUUUGUCAGGAGUUGGAGGCAUUCGACUUCCUAACGGAAAACUAAAGUGUGAUAUCUGUGGGAUCAUUUGCAUCGGGCCCAAUGUGCUCAUGGUUCACAAAAGAAGCCACACUGGAGAACGGCCCUUCCAGUGCAAUCAGUGUGGGGCCUCCUUCACCCAGAAGGGCAACCUGCUGCGGCACAUCAAGCUGCAUUCCGGGGAGAAGCCCUUCAAAUGCCACCUCUGCAACUACGCCUGCCGCCGGAGGGACGCCCUCACUGGCCACUUGAGGACACACUCUGUUGGUAAACCUCACAAAUGUGGAUAUUGUGGCCGAAGCUAUAAACAGCGAAGCUCUUUAGAGGAACAUAAAGAGCGCUGCCACAACUACUUGGAAAGCAUGGGCCUUCCGGGCACACUGUACCCAGUCAUUAAAGAAGAAACUAAUCACAGUGAGAUGGCAGAAGACCUGUGCAAGAUAGGAUCAGAGAGAUCCCUCGUGCUGGACAGACUAGCAAGUAACGUCGCCAAGCGUAAGAGCUCUAUGCCUCAGAAAUUUCUUGGGGACAAGGGCCUGUCCGACAUGCCCUACGACAGCAGCGCCAGCUACGAGAAGGAGAACGAGAUGAUGAAGUCCCACGUGAUGGACCAAGCCAUCAACAACGCCAUCAACUACCUGGGGGCCGAGUCCCUGCGCCCGCUGGUGCAGACGCCCCCGGGCGGCCCCGAGGUGGUCCCGGUCAUCAGCCCCAUGUACCAGCUGCACAAGCCGCUCGCGGACGGCACCCCGCGCUCCAACCACUCGGCCCAGGACAGCGCCGUGGAGAACAUGCUGCUGCUCUCCAAGGCCAAGUCGGUGCCCUCGGAGCGCGAGGCGUCCCCGAGCAACAGCUGCCAAGACUCCACGGACACCGAGAGCAACAACGAGGAGCAGCGCAGCGGCCUCAUCUACCUGACCAACCACAUCGCCCCGCACGCGCGCAACGGGCUGUCGCUCAAGGAGGAGCACCGCGCCUACGACCUGCUGCGCGCCGCCUCCGAGAACUCGCAGGACGCGCUCCGCGUGGUCAGCACCAGCGGGGAGCAGAUGAAGGUGUACAAGUGCGAACACUGCCGGGUGCUCUUCCUGGAUCACGUCAUGUACACCAUCCACAUGGGCUGCCACGGCUUCCGUGAUCCUUUUGAGUGCAACAUGUGCGGCUACCACAGCCAGGACCGGUACGAGUUCUCGUCGCACAUAACGCGGGGGGAGCACCGCUUCCACAUGAGCUAAAGCACCCCGCGUCCCCCCCGAGCCACCCCCAGGAAAAGCACAAGGACUGCCGCCUCCUCGCUCCCGCCAGCAGCAUAGACUGGACUGGACCAGAUAACGUUGUGCUUGGAUUUGUAGCUGUUUUUCGUUUUAUGUUUGAGUUGGUUGGGGUUUGAUUUGCUUUUGAAAAGAUUUUUAUUUUUAGAGGCAGGGCUGCAUUGGGAGCACCCAGACCUGCUACCUUCCUCGAUGUUUCCCCAGACUGCUGGCUGAGGUUCCCUCACCUGUUGCUUCCUAGAAUCCCCUUUUCCAAAUGAUUAGUCUAAAUUUUCAGAGAGAAAUAGAUCAAAUAGGCCAUAGCCGAGGAAGGAGCGUGCUGGUCUCUGUGCUAAACACGGGGUUCACACGCCAGGUCUUUUCCAGUCCCAGACACAGGGAGCACAGCUCCUGCCUGUGGUUCUGCCAGUGAGCAGACAGGACAGACGUGCCACCACCCAAAUGCCCAUACAGCAGGGCCAACAGUCUGUGCCCAGGCCAGCUUCAGGCUACAUGCAGCUAGGGCUGAGAGGCUGCACUUUUGAGAGAAAAUACUAUUUUAAGUCGUAUUCUGCGUAGGAAAAUGAACUGUUUGGGGAAAGUCUUGUCUGUCUAUCUGCCCUGGGUGGAGGGAGAGGUCAGACUAGGGCCUUUCGGCUCCUCCUGGAUUCACUGGCUUUGCGGAGACUGCUCAGAUGACCUGACCCUCCCAAGGCUUGCUGCCGGCAUAGGAGGAGCCGGUCUUCCUGUGGGCAUAUCUGGGGAGCCCAGUUCCCCACUUUUUCACUCCCAUGCCUUUAAUGGCCCCCAAGUCUAUCACUACAAUUUAAAAACCAGUCCUGAAAUUUGGAUCUUCAUUAGUUUUGAACCUCUCAAACGGCAACAUUCAUCAGAAACCAAACUUUAUUUCAGAUCUGUUCCUUCCCUGGCUGGUUCCACCUAAGAGCAGAAGAAGCCUCAUUUCCUGAAGAAAUCCAGUUCUAGUCCUCAUUUUAGUUAUGUACAUCUGUUUGUAGCCACAAGCCUGAAUUUUUCAGUGUUGGUAAAUUUCUUUCCCUCUUCUCACUGUAUAUUAUUCUCAUUUUAAAGCCCAUAAAAGAGUGAUUUAGAAUGAUCAUUAAUUUUCAGCUUAAUGAACUACAUGAAGCCCAGCAUCUCUUUUGCUAACACACAGAACUCACCUGUUUGAAAAUAAGCUUUCAAACAUGGUGAAGCUCUUUUCUGUAAAGGUAAAGCAGCAUGUGUAUUCACAUGCUGGCUCUGCACCUGUGGGAUAUUGGAAUGCACAGGGCAAUCGAGGGACUGAGCCAGACCCUCGGAUAGUAAUGCCACCAGAUCCCCCAGGAAAGAGGAGGCAGGUGGCGCUGCAGGUGAGAACCCUGCCCAUCCAUGCGAUGACGUGGAGGCACUAAAGCCCAGGAAAGGUGUGUGGAGAUUCUAAUCCCAACCGGCAAAGGUCUCCUUCAAAAUUAAUGCUAUCAUUAAGGUCAUUACUCUCAACCACCUAGGCAAUGAAGAAUACACCAUUUCAAAUAUUUACAACACUUCACCAACACUGUCCCAAGAUGAAGCAACAGAGGGGAAAUUGUACAUAAGCACCUCAGCAUUUAAUCCAAACAGGGGUACUUAGUCUCAGCACUAUGACAUUUCGGGCUGAAUACUUAUUUGUUGGGAGGGAGCUCUCCUGUGCAUCGUAGGAUAUUCAGCAGCAUCCCUGGUCACUACCCAGGAGAGGCUGGUAGCACCCCAAAUUGACAACCCAAACUGUCUCCACGUACCACCAACUGUUCCCUUUGAGGAGAAAUCACUCCUGUCGGAGAACCACGGACCUGAAUGAAUUCUAAACCUAUCAAAGGUCUGGGAAGCCUUCCAAGAAAAAUAAAUAAAUAAAAUAAGGCACUUGAAGAAUAUUCUCAAUAUUCCCAGUCAGCAGUAUCAAGCCUGACUUGUGAUCCUGUGGAAUCAUGACAAAUUCUAUAAAUGAAUUAUUUCCCUUCAGUCUUCAAAAACAUAUUUUCUCAUAAACAUUUGAGUUUUGUGGAAAGGAUGGAGUUUACAAAGAUAGCAUUCUUGAGUCAUGGAUUUCUCUGCUUACAGAAGGGUGUGGCAUUUGGAAACUGGAAUAAACAACAUAGCUGCACCGAUGCACUGAGCGAAGGAAGAGAGAGGAGCAAGGGCUUUAGACAGCACUCAUUCAAUAUGCAAUUACAGAGAAAGAUGCGCCUUAUCCAAGUUAACAUCUCUAAGGUGAGAGCCUUCUUAGGGUCUCUCUAAGAGACUCUCUUGGGUUUGUUGCAAAGUUCACCUACUCUGUCCUUUUCCAUUCAUCCCACUGUGUCAAUUGGUUGAAGAAAGUUAUUUUUCAAGUGGAAUUCAAACAAAGCUCAAACCAGAACUGUAAAUAGUGGCUGCAGGAAUUCUUUUCUAAACUGCUUUGCCCUUUCCUCUCACUGCUUUUAUAGCCAAUAUAAAUGUCUCUUUCCACGCCUUCUGUUGUGGUUUUAUAGUGUAACACCAUUUUUCUUUGAAACUCUUGUAUUUAAAGUAAGGUUUCAUAUUAUGUCAGCAAGUAAUUAACUUAUGUUUGAAAGGUGGUCAUAUCAUAUACCAAAAGUUGCUGAAGUUUCUCUUCUGGCUGGUAAAAGUAGGAGUUUGCAUGACCUCACAUUUUUCGUUGUGUAGUUCAUUCUGUUGUAUGAUGGCAUGAGUAUGUGUCUUGGGUACCGCUGUGUACUGCUGUGUGCCUAGAUGCCAUGCCCUCUCGUUGUGUUUGAAGUAAAUAUUGGAGACAGGAGGGUUACCCAUAACAGCUUGGCCUGUUGAUUACAGCUAGAAAUCACUGUUUUUUGUUCCCUCCCGCUCCCUGCCACCCCAGCUUCCCAGGAUGUGGAUAGCCUGAAUCUCAGCCCCUUGCCUCAUAUUCCUUCUGUAAUUUGUACCUAGAGAGUGUGAUUAUCCUAAUCCAAGAGUCACUAAAAAACAUCGCAUUAUCAUUGCAUUAGCACCAAAGGAUAAGUCCUAGCACCUGUUGCUUCAGAUAGCAGCAUGUCCCAUUUCAAAUUUAGACUUAGCCCCAUAAUAAAAUCUUAGGAUCUUCCUUAAGAAAGAGCUACCUGAGAUGUAGGUUUGUUAUAUGGUUUUCCCUCCUGUUUUGUGCUUUUCUCUCUCUCUCUUUUUUUUUUUUUUUUUUUUUUUUUUUUUUUUUUUUGACUGCACUAUGAGUUUUGUCGUGUCCUUUUCUUGCCAAAACAAACACGACAUGAACUGGACUUACUCAGACAAAUCAUGACGCCGAUGUAUCCUUCCUUUCUUCAGUUCCAGCAAUAAUGAAUGGUCAACUCUUUUAAAAUCCGUAUCUCUCUUAUUCAUUUCAGUGUAUUUUUACUUUAAGAUAAACCAAAAUUAUGAGACUUAUUUAAGAUGUACAGGCAUCAGGAAAAAAGAAGCACAUAUGCUUUCGGUGCGAUGGCACUCACUGUGAACAUGUGUAACCACAUAUUAAUAUGCAAUAUUGUUUCCAAUACUUUCUAAUACACUUUUUUAUAAUGUUGUUUGUGGUGAUUGUUCAGGUCGAAUCUGUUGUAUCCAGUACAGCUUUAGGUAUUCAGCUGCCCUUCUGGCAAGUACAUGCACAGGAUUGUAAAUGAGGAAUGCAGUUAUAAUAUUUCCAGUCUGCCUCUAUGAUGAUGUUAAGUUAUUGCUGUUUACCUGUGAACAAGGGAUGUACCACUGGAGGAACAGAGUAUCCUUUUGUACACAUUUUGAAAUACUUCUUCUGUAGUGAUAGAACAAAUAAAUGCAACAAAUACUCUGUUUGCCCUA